AUGGCCAGCACUCCUCUCUCUGCCCGCUUCGCCCUCCUCGCGUUCUUCUCCCUCUCCUCCCUCUUCUUCAUCUACAAAUCCCGCCGCGCCCGUCACCUGCGACUCGCCUCCCUCGCGGCGUCGCUCCGGGGGGAUGAGGCCGCCAGGAGGGGAAAGGUCUUCUUCGCGUCGCAGACGGGGACUUCUGAAGCUCUGGCCCGGCGCUUGCACGGCUUCCUGCAAUCUGAGGGCCUUGCUUUCGAUCUCGUCGAUGCUAGGAACUACGAGCCGGAGGACCUCCAGAAGGAGAGCGUGGUGCUGCUGGUAACGUCGACAUGGGAGGACGGGAGACCGCCGCCGAACGCGGAGUUUCUUGCCCGGUGGCUCUCCGAGAGCGCCGACGACUUCAGGGUGGGGUCGAUGCUCCUCUCCCGCUGCGAGUUCGCGGUGUUUGGGGUGGGAUCGCGGUCUUACGGCGAGGGCUUCAAUGCGGCCGCUCGGAGCUUCGCGCGAUGGAUGAGGUCGCUCGGGGCGUUCGAGGUGCUCCCCGUCUGUGAGGGCGACGUGGACGCCGGCGAUGUUGACGAAAUCUUCAGGGCGUGGAGCAGGAAUGUUGUUCAAUUGCUGCAAGGUGAAUUCCUAGCCGGUGGACCUCCGUUCUCCAAGUCAGAGGACGGCGCACUCGUAGGAUCAGUAGAAGAGUAUGAGAGUGAGGACGAGGACGAGGACGAGGACGAGAUGGUGGAAUCUGAGGUGGUUGAUCUGGAGGAUAUUGCGGGUAAAGCCCCCCCGGUGAAGCUAACAGUGGGCUCAAGAAAUGGGGGAUCGAAUGGUGUGAAAAAGACCGCGGCUAAUGGGAAUAUGAAUGGAAUGAAAGAGAUGGUGUCUCCGGUUAUUAGAACGAACUUAGAGAAGCAGGUACCCUACCCUCCACAGUAUUUGUUAGAAAUUAGAUGCUCGGAACGUUUCUUCUCCUUUUUAUGGUUAACUUUCUCGUAAAUCAUCUCCAAUUUCUCGUAGAUGGUAGAUGAGCUAGUGUUUUCUAUCAGAGCCCAUGAACUUCAGCUAUGUCUCUCAUUUUUGUUAAUUCUGGGCACCCUUUUCCAAGGGAGGAUCUAUGAAAACAAAAGGAAGCCUGCAAUCAGAGAGGCUUCCCAUCUACGAUCUCUUUCAAAUAUCAUAUGCUAAAUCAAGUUUUAGGAAAUUUUCACGUUUGCCAUGUUAAGCUGAUGAGAGAGAGAGAGAGAGAGAGAGAGACAGACAGACAGACAGAGGGCAGCACAUGACUUGAUAUCUUCAUCAUUUUCUAAUAUUAUUUAUUUCUCUUGGAUAGGGGAUUCAAAUCAUGUAACUUAAUAACUUCACCAUGGGCUUUUAUCCAUGCAGGGAUACAAAAUUAUUGGCUCACAUAGUGGAGUCAAACUUUGUAGAUGGACCAAGUCACAACUCAGAGGCCGUGGUGGUUGCUACAAACACUCAUUUUAUGGCAUAGAGAGUCAUCGGUAAGGAUUUCUAAUAAUAUUCUGCUUUAUAAUGCUUCUUAUGACAUUUAAUUCAUCCCAUGUUCAGUUUGAUAUUCAUGCCUUCUUACCCCUCUUUUCUAUUUUUGUGCUCGCAUUUUUCUUUCUUGGAAUUGCUUAUAAUUCUGUGGCAAUAUUUCCUAAUAUAAUAUACAUUAUUAAUGGAAAAUAGUUGCAUGGAAGCGACUCCUAGUCUGGCUUGUGCGAACAAAUGCGUAUUCUGUUGGAGGCAUCAUACAAAUCCGGUGGGAAAGAGCUGGCAGUGGAAGAUGGAUGAGCCUUUGGAGAUCGUUGCUGCUGCCCUGGAUCAACAUAUAAAAAUGAUAAAGCAAAUGAAGGGGGUACCAGGUUAGUCGUGUCCAAUGUUCCUGUCCAACUCUGCUAUAUCUAAAAGCAUUGUCUCAGCAACCCAAUGCUUCAUAACUUGCUCCAAAUGUGUGUGACAUUUAAAAAUGGUUUUCUUCGCUUAUUGGGAUCAGCGUGUCUUCUGGGUUUUGCCGAGAAACUGUGCAAGUCCAAGAGCAUCAUGGGGAGCAUCUGUGGGCCUUUGGCCCGGUGCUUAUCGAAUGGUGUUAGUUUAUUUACUCUCAGCUCUCAGCCCAAAAGAAUAUGCUGGUGUGAACUUGGUUUGAUGGUUUUCUUCAUAUUUUCUAUCAAACAGUACCGACAUCUGUUUGCAUAUACGUGCACGUGUACUUUGUGCAUCAUGUUCCUUUUGCGGGUAAACUAACACUGGAAAGGAAUGUUGCUGAGCAUCUUCUCAAGCAUCACACGUUAGGAAGGGAGUCCAGCUGAGUAUAUAGUAAGUUACGUGGACCCAUUAUUGUGUGCAUUGUCUGGGUAAAAAGCGUCCGCUCACAUGUCUUCUCAAAGGUGUUGAAGAGUGAAAAGAAUAAUAACCCUUGCAGAGUAGUCCUCAUGGCUCUGACUUUUGUGUGUUUUUAUACAUUCGAUGUUUUAAGUUUCGAUAUUGUUUUUGCUCUCUGCAGGGGUUAAGGAAGAGAAAUUGUUGGAAGGUCUUUCUCCCAAGCAUUGUGCCUUAUCUCUUGUUGGUGAGCCCAUAAUGUACCCAGAGAUCAACUCGCUGGUCGAUGAACUGCACCGUAGGCAGAUUUCCACCUUCCUGGUUACUAAUGCUCAAUUCCCAGAGAAGAUCAGGACAUUGAGGCCCAUCACUCAGGUGCUCUACUUGCCACACAUUUGGAUUAUUGCUUUCUCUAAUGAUUCCGGGCAUUCUUAAUGAGCGCAACUACUUUCGAAUAACAGCUUUAUGUCAGUGUGGAUGCUGCAACGAGAGAGAGUUUGAAGGCCAUUGAUAGACCUCUGUUUGGAGAUUUCUGGGAGCGUUUGAUUGUGAGUAAUUUCUCAUGCUAUGCGUGCACCCACCCUUAUGAACGUUUUACCUCGAGUUUUUUUUUUUUUUGUAUGCAAUGUGGCAUAAUUCAGCUUAAAUUAUUUUCCUCAUUUGGUCUUCUCAUGAACAAGUAUUAUCACUGAUUUCCAGAGGACUCAGAGAACCCUGAAAAACAAUCUGAACAGUGUCAUGUGGGUGGAAGCGAGUCAUUAAAGCGAUUAAAAUUAAUGUGCGGAUGAUUCCCCAUUCAAUCACCUGAGAUUAAAAUUAAUCCUUUGUCACUCAUGGGAUCAAGUCAUGUCCUUUGAUUCCCUGUUUGAACCAUGACUGGACAAUUUUCCUACAUUCCAUCCAUUGAAAAACAGUUAAAUCUGAUAUGUCAGUUCAUCAUUCCAAAACCAGCGCACCUAUUCGGUUUCUUUGGAGAUCAAAUGCGGAGCGUGUCCGUUGUCAAACUGGGUUCAAGCCCUCUGUGUGGUUGAUUGAGGGAAAGGAGAAUUUAUGAAGGGUGGCUUCUAAUCUGUAGAAUAUGUUAUUAUUUCUUGGUCAACGACCAUUAUUCAUGUUGGUUCCUCGUUUUCACAGGAGUCUCUGAAGGCUCUGCGAGAAAAAGAGCAGCGAACUGUCUACCGUUUGACUUUGGUCAAAGGGUGGAAUGUAGAAGAUAUAGACGCUUACUUGAAAUUAUUGGACAUUGGCGAACCCGAUUUUAUUGAAAUCAAAGGCGUCACAUACUGUGGCUCGUGAGUUUCUUCACCUUUCGCUUACUGUUCACGUGAAUGAUGGAACAGAAAAGCGUUCCUGAUGUACAUUAUUUUCGUUUUUUUCAGCAGAGAUCUCCUAAACUCUCUGAGAAACCCUAAAUCUGCAGGACUGCCACAUCCAAGCUGACGAUGGAGAACGUCCCCUGGCAUUCCGAUGUGAAGGCCUUCUCAGAAGCUUUGUCACAGAAGAGCGGCGUCUACGAAGUCGCCUGCGAGCAUGUCCACUCUUGUUGUGUUCUUCUGGCCAAGUCUGACAAGUUCAAGGUCAACGAGCAAUGGCACACAUGGAUCGACUACGAGAAGUUUCAAGAUCUGGUAGGACCCAAUCUGUCCCCCGAGCGUGUUCUCUAUUCAUGGCGACACAAGAGAUUUUGGUCGUCAGUUAAUCCCCAUCAAAAUGCAGGUGGCCUCUGGGCAGAGUUUUAGGAGCACAGACUACAUGGCGCCCACACCUUCGUGGGCCGUCUAUGGUGCAGAGGAAGGUGGCUUCGAUCCCCACCAGCGCCGAUUCAAGAAGGAGCGCCGCCAUGGAGCAGCCGCUCUCUCGAGGUAG